UUUAGUUAAUAUUUUUUUCUUCCAAAGCACCAAGUGAAUCUCUGUAAGGGCCAUAGCGCAGUCCGUGGAUUAAUGGACAGCCAAUAUGUUUCAUCAGGAGCAAGCAGCAGCAGUGAAUCUGAUCAUCUCUCAGAAGGAAGCAACGGUGAAGAAGAAAUGAAGAUCAUGGAGGCCCAGAUGAGGCUAGAAGUAGAGGGCGCCAACCACAACACCAGGCUGGUACCACGCGUCCUACUUCACUGGAGCUCCAGCGUCGUCCCUCAGCAGCCAUCAACACCACCUGGCUACCAUCCCGACGUCACCGUUCGCUACGCCGAGGCCCACUGUUGGGUCUCCUACGGGAGCCUUCUGUCCAUGCUCCGGCAGAUGAUGCUGGCCCAUUUCAAGGAUGACACCAGCGUGGCAUUGCUUCGGCUCCAGCUCCAAGACCUGAUGCGCACACCGUGUCCCUUCUCUUCCACCAGCCGGUUUCCCGUCGGCGAGGUGUACGCCUGCUUGGAUAGGCUGCCUCUCGGCGGUGUAGUGUCGAAACUCAUGGAAGCCAUGGCCAAGAGCAUGGUUUCGUCUUUUGAUAACAGCCACAUCAUGGCCUAUCACAAGGCAAUUCGUGAGGCGAUACGCCUUUUGUCGAUAGAUGCUGAGGGGCCUUUUCCCUUGUUGUAUUCCCGCGACAUAUUUGAAUCAGCCUUUUUGCUGCAAUGGAUUGAUUAAUGUGUUGAACGACUGGUAGUUGUGGAAUUCGAUCGAAAUCCGCAUUCAUUAUCUUAAUGCUGUAUUAAUUUGAAGUUGAAUAAAAUUUCAGAAUGCUCUGUUGAAAUUUCA